AUGACCACCCAAAUCCCCACCUUCCACCUCCCCACCGGCGCGCCCAUCCCCGCCCUCGGCUUCGGCACCGGCACCGCCUGGUACAAGUCCGAGUCUGAGCCGCUCAACCGCGUGCUGAUCGACUCCAUCAAGUCCGCGCUCGCGCUGGGGUACCGCCACCUCGACUGCGCGGAGGUGUAUGGCACUGAGCCCGAGGUGGGCGUUGCGAUCAAUGAGAGUGGGAUCCCGAGGGAGGAGCUGUUUAUCGUUGCGAAGUCUCUCAAAACCCUCGACGACCCCGAAAAAGGCCUGAAUGAGACCCUCCGCAAGCUCCAAACCGACUAUGUAGACCUCUUCCUAAUCCACGCGCCCUUCCUCCCCCCCACGCACCCCCUCACCAUCCCACAAAUCUGGGCCCGCUUCGAAACCCUCCAAAAAUCCGGCAAAGCCCGCUCCAUCGGCGUCUCCAACUUCACCGUCCCCCAACUCACCUCUCUCCUCACACACGCCACCAUCCCCCCCUCCUACAACCAAGUCGAGCUCAACCCCUACUGCUUCGAUGCGCCCCUCCUGUGCUUCUGCCAGUCGCACAACAUCCAGCUGGCCGCCUACUCGCCGCUGGGGCCGCUUACAAAGUUCCCCGGGGGCCCCUUGGACGGCGUGGUGAAGAGGAUCGCGGAGGAGAAAGGGCGCACGGAGUCUCAGGUGCUGAUCAGGUGGGGGGUGGAGAUGGGGGUGGUCGUGGUUACGACGAGUAGUAGGGCGGAGAGGCAGGAGGAGUUUAAGGGUGUGGAUUUUGAGUUGGGCGAGGAGGUGAUGCGGGAGAUUACGGAGGUGGGGGGGAGGGAGCAUCAUAGGAUUUAUUGGACGAAGGAUUAUGAGAACUAG